AUGAAAGCCUUCGUAGCGUGCAUAGCCCUGGCUUUGGUGGCGUGUGCCAGCGCCGAGGCCCCAGGGGGCUACAACUACAACCGUCCUUCUGGAGGCGGUGGUUUCCACGGAGGAUCCGGUCUCAGUGGUGGAGGCAGCUACCGCGCUGUUUCCUCGGGUUACCAAACCUCAGAGGGUCAAAACGUCGAUGCUGGUCUCCUUGAACAAAUCCGUCAAAUCCUUCUUAAAGAAGAAGCCUCCUCUGGAUCUGGAUCAGGAUUCGGCGGCAGCGCUCCUUCCUCCUCUUACGGCGUCCCCUCAUCAUCUUAUGGCGUUCCAUCGUCAUCCUACGGCGUUCCCCACGGUGGCGGCCGCGUUGUUGGCAUCAACCUAGAGGGAGUCCGUCAAGCUAUCCAAGUUGCGCAAUUUGAGCAGACAGCAUCCGGUGGCGGCUACCCCUCCGGUCCAUCCUCCUCAUAUGGCACUCCUUCCGGAAGCUACGGCGCCCCCUACUAA